CAUGUAUUUGUUAGUUGGUUGCUCAUAUUGAAGAUUGAUUUGGGUUUAGUUGGUGCUGCCAUUGCCCUUGACUUGUCAUGGUGGCUGAUCGUCCUUGGUCAUUUGAUCUACAUUUUAGUGGGGAAUACUGAUAGAGCUUGGACUGGUUUCUCUUUUCUAGCAUUUAAAGACCUCUAUGGCUUUGUGAAGCUUUCUUUGGCUUCUGGUGUAAUGAUAUGGUCUCUCUCUCUCUCUCUCUCUCUCUCUGUUUUGGUUUUAUUGCUGCUCUUCCUUAUAUGGGUUUUGUUCCAUGAUGGCAGUUUGGAAUUUUGGUACUUGAUGUUGCUGAUAGUUAUAACAGGAUAUUUGAAGAACCCAUUAGUAACAGUUGAUGCCCUAUCUAUCUGGUAAGAAUGUAUAAAGUAGUACUGUUAGCUUCAUUCAUCUAAUGGUAAAUUGGUAAUGGAUUUUCCAACAGAAUAUUAAUACUAAAUAUUGUUCAUAUUCCAAUUUUUUGCAGCAUGAACAUAAGAGGCUGGAAUGCCAUGAUUGGACUUGGACUCAAUGCGGCAAUAAGCGUGAGAGUAUCCAACGAACUAGGAGCCGGUAAUCCUCGAGCAGCAAAAUUUGCAGUGAUUGUGGUUUCUGCAAUGUCCAUGGCCAUAGCAGUGGUUUACAUGACAAUAAUCUUGGCAACCAGAGACUAUUUUCCUCGUCUUUUCACCAACAGUGUUGAAGUGAUGAAAGAAGUCAUCAAGAUUGCACCUUUGCUAGCAGUUACUGUGCUUAUAAAUGGACUUCAAAUAGUCAUAUCUGGUGUUGCUGUUGGAGCUGGAUGGCAAGCACUGGUAGCAUAUAUCAACAUUGGGUGCUAUUAUAUAGUUGGACUACCCACCGGCCUACUUCUGGGGUUUAAAUUUGAUUAUGGGGUUGAGGGUAUUUGGGGAGGGAUGAUUGGGGGCAUUGUUAUGCAAACCAUAAUCUUAGUAAUAGUUACUUCACGCACCAAUUGGAACAAGGAGGUGAUCAUAUUAAUAAACAUUUCCAAGACUAGAUUAUGUGAUUUGGAUUUGGAUUUGGCUGAGAAGAAAUGGAUUUUUACAAACUAUUGUUCAACUGACUUGCAGGCUUCAGAAGCAGAGAGCCGUGUUAGACAAUGGGGAGGAUAA